GAACUUCGGAACAUUCGAAAGGACAAAAAGGUCCUGCCUCGGAAAGAAGAAGGUGCCUGUGCUGACGGUGGUCCUGGCUGAGUGCUGGGGCAGCGCAACCCUAGCUCUCAGGUGCCACAGCGACGGACUGUGGGGGUUGUACGGGGAAGCUGCAGUCAACGCAACCCAGCCACGCAUGCGGUUCGUCUGCCAGCCCCGACACCUCAACCCUCCAAUUUGUGGACGGAAACCGCGCUACCGGAGCACUGGGACUAUCUUACAGCUUGACGAGUUCCAAACCCCGCGCAACCUCUCCCCGUGGCUGCAGGGGCUCAAGAAGCGGGAGCGCUACGAGUGCAGCGCCACUCUUAUCAGCGACUCGUGGCUGCUGACAGCAGCGCACUGCGUCGCCCGUUCGCUGGCGAGCAGAAACCGGACAAUGGACCCUCGUGACCUGAAGGUGCAGCUCACGCUGAAUCCACGCGACGACAAAUACCAUCACACGAUAAUGCAGAUGAUAAGCACGAUCCAAACAUGA